AUGAAUACCCUCCUGCGAGUAGCCACUAGACGAACAGUCACGAGCAACGCGCGGACCGCAAAAUAUCGUGCGGUUAGUGUUCAAGCCCGUCGUUCGUUGUACACCAUUGAGGCUUUGCAGGCACGAUUCCGGGACCCGACCUCGCCCUUCCACCUACCUCCUGGUACUACAGGUCCUGAAUCCCCAGAUCCUCCGGAGGAAGAACUCACCGCGGAAGAGGAGGGCUGCGCGAAGCUGGCAGAGCUCGGCUAUGAUCCAGAUAGCUUCUGGGAGCAGAAGAUUGUCUGGGGAGACCAUGACGCAUUCCAACAUGUCAACAAUGUACGCUACAUCCGUUUCUUCGAAUCCGGUCGUAUCCACUGGAUGCGCGCCCUCGGCCACGAACUAGGUGGUCCCCAGAAGUCGCAGGAGAUGAUUGCCGGCAAGGGGGUUUCCCUUAUCCUCAAGUCCCUCUCCGUCGAGUACCGCCGCCCGGUCGUCUACCCCGACACCCUUCUCGUUGCACACCGGCCACAUCCUGGCCCGCGGCCAUCGAAAACCCACUUCGGCGUGAAGGGGGCGAUGUGGUCGUACGCACAGCGACGGAUCGUGACCGAGUGCGACUCAGUACUGGUGUGGUACGACUAUGACCGGCUGACGAAGUGCGAUCCCGGAGAGGCGGUUCGGGCACUACUGGAGAGAAGGAUGCGCUUGAGGCAGGAGGGGGAUGAGGGGGCAGCGAAGUAG